AUGUCUUCUUUAUUCACUGCUGCCGCUGUUGCUGCCGCCGUUUCUUCGAUGACAAAUACUACUGUAGAAGAAUUGAAACAGUGUUCGACUUCGAUUGCUGACACUGUUCUUCUUCCAUAUCAGCAUAUUCUGAAUAAUCAAAAUCAGAAUCAUAAUGGUGCUUUUACUAAUUCAACUAAUCAAUUGUUGGGAUUGACUCAACAAGAAGACGCUAAUCAAUAUUUGGCGUAAGUUUACUUGGAUUUCUUUAAAAGUUUUUAGGAGGCCUUGAAAUUUGAGGUAAUACUUUGACUUGUGAGAACUAUUUUUGACCGAAAAAAACUAUGAAAAUUUUACUUUUCAUCCAGCUUUCAUAGAAAUAAAAAAUCAAAACUUGUAAUUGUAAAAGCAAGGUAAAAUUCUGCUUCUAGGCGCGUUUACUUCUCAAAGAAGCUCUCUAUAGGCACAGCUGCUACUCAUGGCGCUAGAAUUUCCCAGAGUGAUCUCUAGACCCACUACUUGUCAUAGAAGCUCUCAAAAUUAUUUUCAGAUCUCCCUAUGAGACUUCAAAGAAAGAAAAUUGUGAUUCUUUUGAAAUACUAUUCCUGAAAUCUGAGCCAAGAAGUUUAAGCUUGAAGUCUAAAGUUUGAAAUUUGAAUCUUGAUUCCUGAAAUCUUGAAAUCCAGUGAAAUCUGAAAUAUUUUAAAACCUAACUGUAGUCAUUAUUUCAUGCCAUUAGAACCCUAGGAUAUCCAAUGUAAGUCUUGUAAAAUCUAAGAGUGUAAGCCUGAAGCCUGAAGCCCAAACCCUGAAGCCUAAAUCAGAAGCUGAAGCCUCAAGCCUGAAACUAGGCUGAGCCUAAAUCGUGAAGACUAAAAUCUGGUCUCAAAAUUUUGUAGAUCAAUUUUGACUCAAUUUUUUGUAGCCCUCAAAAAUUGCUUCAAUUUCAAAUUUUUGAAUUUUAUAUUGUUCGAUCAGGAAGUUUUUCUGAAAACGUAUUUUUCCAGAAAAUAAUUCCUAAUAUUGAAAACUGAAACCUUUUCAGUUUCCGCUUUUCCCAAAAAAAAACCAAAAUUUAAUAGAUUUUUGUCACGAAAAGGUAGAAAAAAAGUGUUUGUGAAAAUGAAAAAAACAACGAGAAAAACGCAUAUCACGAUUUAUUCAUUAGACCAAAAAAAUUAGAGUUACAUAUUUCCUUUUCCUUGUUCAAAACAAAAAAUUUGUAUUAGCUACAAAUUUUGCUGAUGUUUUAAAGCACUCUCAUCUCUGUUUCCAUUUUUUUUAUCCAAAUAUUUUUGUCCUCAAUUUUUUCCAACCAAAAAAUCAAUAAGUUUGUGUUGUUUUUUGUCGGAUUACGGUACCGCAGAAAAUAAAAAAUAAAAAUAAAACUUCGAAAAAUAGGGCGAAAUUCGAGAUUUUCGCGUAUGUGUCGCUAUUUUUUUAAUCUUCUCAAAAAAUGAAAAAAAAACUUUGGCCAGGUCGUCGUUCGGUAAAAUUUUGAGAGAUUUGUAUUUUUUUCGCAAACUAUUGUUUUCACAAAAAAUUGGGAACCGUUUGGGAACCGAAUAGUGCAUUUUUUUCUCUUUUCAAUGAGUUUUUGAAUUUUUUUUUUGAAAAUAAAUUCAAAAAAUUUCAGGCGCCUUCUAAUGCUUGAUAUGCUCUAUGUGACAACGAAUGGAAAAGAAACUAUCACGCAAGGUUAGUCUAACUCUAGAAAAAUAUUUGGGAAAAAUAGAGGAGGGGGGUACUGUAGAGGCCUUUGGUACCGUAGAGUCUUAGGAACGUUUGAAAACUCUAGGGACCUUCUCCGAUCUUUGAGCCUUGAGAAAAUCUGAAAUCGAACCCCCAAAUUCUGCAAAACCUGCAAAUAUAUGUAUCACAUGAUUAAAAUAAUCAAAACUAAAAGUACAUCUAAAUUUUUUCUAAAAAAAAGUAAUAUGAUGACAUUGAUUCAUGCUCCAAUGAGACUUAUUAGUCGCAUUUUCAACCAGCACUUUUUCAAUUAUUCUCAUUAGAGAUUAUGUUCGUUUUACCUUUUUUGAAAACUAAAAUGCUAAAUUUGGGCUCUCACAAAAUAUUCAGUUUUCCAAUUGGGAAGACUGGUUAUACCGCUUGGAUUUUAUAUAGUGAGUUGGUUGGGGGUUUUGAAAAUUGAUUCCGAGGGUCUAAUUUUAAAAAUCUUGCAGUCCCAAAAUGCGAAAUCCUCGACGAAAAUUUCCUAAAACAAGACUCUCCCCAACAAUUCCACUUGCUUUCUGUUCAAUCACCAUCAACUACCAAUAGUCUUACUGGAUCGAUUAUUGAAUCGCUUCUUCCUUCCGCUCUUGAUUUCAAAUCGAUUCAACAAUCACAACAACCACGAUCACAACAUCCAUGUAAGAGAAUCUUUGAAAAAAAAACCCAAAAAUCAACAAAUGAAAAUUUCAGUGACCUGCACUGCAUGUACUUUUGCGAUCAAUGAUGCGAUUACUGCCUAUAUUGAUGAUCAUCCAUAUCAUAUGAGUUGUGUUAGAUGUUCUACUUGUGAGGUUAGUUCAGUCCAGAGUUACCACAACUCUAGUAGAAAUUUUUGAUGGAAAAUUUCAACCCUUCAAAUCCCCACAUUUUCCAGUUCUCCAUGGGCUUCGAAGAAACCUGUUUCCUUCGAGAUGGCAAUAUUUUAUGCCGUGCAGAUUACAUGAAAAAGUUCCGAAAAGUCUGCGACAAAUGCGACAUUCCGAUUCGCCCUGAUGAUAUUGUGAUGAAAGUUCGUGACGCAAUUUUUCACAUCGCCUGUUUUCAAUGUCAUAUUUGUGGUGUUGCGUUGGCGAAGGGUGAUAUGUUUACAAUGUCGGCUCAAAAACAUAUCUUUUGUCAUGGUAACCAGAUUCAUUAAAACAUAAUAAUAAUAAUAAUAUUUUUGAAUUAUUAGAAAGGAAAAGGGGGAUGUUUCUUCAGUGUACUUCUCUCGGAAUUCAGAAAAUCAGUAAAUUUGUCCAAAAACAAUAUACUUGCAUAUCUAACUAACAUUAGUCAGGAGUUAGAUCUGCAGGUUCUACAGUAACACAUCUGAACAAAAAGUUCCAAAAGUUUUCUGUGUAAUUUUUCCCUCAAAAGUCAAGUUAGAUAUGCAGGUUCUACCGUAUCCUACUUAGGAAAAUUUUCGAGUCACAAAAAUUUCUGUCCAAUUUAAUUUUGAAAAUUAGAUCUGCAGGUUCUACCGUACCUAGAGAAUACUAGGCUUGAAAAGACUACAGUGUAGUCUUUUCUAGGUACAAUAGAACCUUCUGGACUAAAAAUUGCACGCUUUUCCUAGGUACGGUAGAACCUGCAUAUCUAAAUAUAUUUUUAAAAAAUAAUCUAGCCCAGACCUGCAUAUCUAACUCAAAAGUUUGAUAUGCAGGUUCUACCGUACUUUUGAACUGAAGAGCACCCCACAACUCAUUAUUCUCCUCAUCUAAUUCUAUUCCAACAAUUAUAUUCCAGCUCAUUACGACAUAAUUUGCAACACCGUACUCCGAGAUGAAGCACCUAUUGCAGAAAGACCGACUCGUGAAGUGUCAGAAGAACCGGAAGGUAUGUAUACAUUUUUGCUUUUAUGUUAUUAAUUAGCAUCUUUUCCUCUUCCCUUUCCGCCUUUUUCAAGUUUGAGCAAAAAAUGCCGAAAAUACUACGGUAGCUGCUUCUCUUGUUCUCUUCCCUCUUCUUUUUCUUUUGCUAGAAAAAUCUAUGAUAAAAAUAAAAAUAGGUAACAAAAUAUAAAUUCAUUAGUCAAAUUCCCAAGACAGCAGAAAAACUUGUUAUUCAUUUUCAUCAAAUUCAAAUUCCAAAAUUCAAAAAAAAAAGAGGGAAUUGUUCUCGAAUAACAAAUGAUAAGUAAAUAAUUGGGUUGGGCGCGGUGAAUAUUCAAGCGGAUUAUUAGGAAUCAAGAACAUGCACAGGUGGUAACAUAUAUAGGGCUUGGAUUGAAUAAGGAGUCAAGUUUCAAGGGGGAGCUGACUAAUCUGUGCUAGUUUUUAGCAGCUGGUUGGAUAGGGGGGGCGACAUGCAGAGAUAAGUGGAGGGGGGAUGGGGAACAUUUUUGAAUUUUGAAAAAUAAACAAUGGGGAGAAUGGAUUGUGAGCUUUGGAAAUUGUUGUCAGUAUCAGAAUUAAUUUAUUGAACUUGAGUUAGCUUAAGUUCAAGGCUAGACUUGAUUUGAAGCCUGGGCUCGUGGGAUUUUUAGGAUCUGAUUUUCUAGAUGGGCUGAUGAGACUUGAGCCCAGUUUUCUUAGAUUUCAUGUUAGGCUUUAGGGGCUCAAAAUUUAGAGCUUUUAUUAUGAUUUAGGUUACACUUAAAAGCGAUUAAGCUUAAGGUUAGUUUAAGGAAAAACUGUGUCAUAAACAGUUACAAAAUCAUUAGUAGUUAUUCAAAAUUUAAAAAAAAGUUUAUUUUUGGAACUUUCUUAACAUUUUGGAUUUUCUAUUUCUCCUUAAUUCGCAAAUUGACUAAUAACAAAAUUAUUCUGAAAAUUUCUAUAUAGAGAAAAAUUUCCAGACAUUUAAAAACUUCCAAAAUUUCCAGAAUUCCCCGACGAUGAUUCUCAAUCCAACAACAACCGCUCAAAAAGAAUGCGAACAUCCUUCAAACAUCACCAACUUCGAACAAUGAAACAAUACUUCAACCUGAAUCAUAAUCCCGAUGCAAAAGAUCUCAAGCAACUUGCUCAAAAAACCGGGCUCACAAAACGUGUUUUACAAGUUUGGUUUCAAAAUGCUCGAGCGAAAUAUCGUCGAAGUAUUCAGAAUCGUGACGGUGGACAAUUAUCGCCAGGAAUGCAUCAGACUUUGAUUGGUAUGGAUAAUCAACAAAUUGGAUUUGAGGUGAGAUUUAAAAAAAAAAUUUUAUUUCUAGCUCUAAUAAUUUUCAAAUUGGCUCAAUUUUUCCGAGAAUUGUUUGAUCUUUGAAAAGUGUUGCUUUUUAUUUUGAGAACAUAUUUUAGCGCACUGGGAGAGAAAUACAAUACAAAUAAGAGAGACGCAGACACUCUCUCUUCUUGCCAAACUUUUUAUGUUUAUUGAUGUCUGCGUCUCUCUUACUCACAUUGUAUUUUUCUAUUAGUCAUAACGGUGAAAAUGACGCGGUCAAAAAAAUUGCUAGGAAUUUUCGGGAACUCAUAAAUUCAUUAUUUUUAGCCAUGUUUCUGAAAACCAAAGAAAUCUUCAUUUAAAAAAAUAUAAUUAGGAAAAUUGUGUUUUGGGAUAUUUUUUGAAAGCCUUGAGAGCCCUAAAUUUUGGAGCACAAAAUAAAUAUAAUUUUUUUUUAAAUUUGAAUCUGGUUUGGACAAAACCAGAAUUCCAGAAAAAAGAAAAUUCUGAAAAAUUUCAAAAUUAUCUGAACUAUAAAUUAGAUUUCUACCCCCAAAAAUCUUAUGAAAAAUCCAGACUAGAGUCUACUUAUUCUAGCACCUCUCUUCCUCUUCAAAUCACUCAUCUGACUACAACUCAACAUUAGCAACGCCACCAGAUUCCUCAUCCGAAUAUUAUGACAAUGGUGCAACCCUAGUUUCUCUCUAA